AUGUCAGGGCCGCGACAACGUGCCAGCUUGAGUAAAGACGAAGAGACGAAUGCUGCUGCGUGGGAAGCCGCGAGAGGUGCAGGAUGGGGUGCGACAAAGUGGGGUGCUUUCUCCGCCGUAGCAGGCGGCGUCGCCUACGCCCUCUCUCCCGUCUACCGCGGCCUCACUAUCCAAUUCAAAGUCUACAUCCAAAUGUCCGGCAUGAUCCUCGGCUCCAUGAUCGAAGCCGACAAGCGCAUGAUUGCCUACGAGCACCACGUGCGCCACCAGAAGCGCCUGCGCCGCGAUAUGGAAGUGUGGCGGCGAUAUGAGGAGGAUUUCGAAGCGCGGGGCACGCCGGGCGUUGGGGCGGAGAGCAAUGUCAAAGGCAAGGGGAGUGACGUGUGA